UGAUAGGCCUCUACUGGCAAGUUCAUUUGCACAAAGCUAACCAAGCACUAUACAUAGAUAACACAUGCGCGGAAUACAACAGGUGUAGUCGACCUUACAGUGAAAUGCUUACUUACAAGCUCUUAACCAACAAUACAGUUUUAAGAAAAUACCUACAAAAAAAAGUCAGAUUAUUUGUCUUCAUUCUCCUGUAUUCAACAGUGUUUUUUGUGACUAGGGCUGGCAAAUGUUGAGCAAUGUCUUAGUUUCAAACGUAUAUUCAGAGGUUAGUUAAAAUCAUUCUCAUAGCUUGUUUUUGAGGAUCACAUAUGGGGAAAGUGUAAUCUGGUUAUUCCGUUUGGUUUUAACUUAUGCAGUAUGACAGUAUACAUUGUUAAAUAGUUAAUAGCUUAGUCACUAUAUGUAAUUAUGAAUAUGGUGUCUUUGCAUUUAUUGGCUGCAAUUUCUUAUAUAAUUGACCAUUAAAUUGGCAAUAAAAUAGCACACGUUUUUUUUACAACUGUGUUACAGAUGUAUUAGAUUUAGCUAAUGAAUUAUUAGCAUGUUAAAAGAGGCCUAUAGCUGUCCCUGUUCUCAAUGAAAAUGUAAUUCUGUACAUCACAGGAUAUAAAGGCCUAUUAGAUGUUGAAGAUUGUAUGUUAUAUCGUUGGACUUGACACCUAAGGAUCUGUAACAGUGGGAGUCGUGUGUGUCAGGGCCAACACACCGCAGUCCAACCUCUGCCUACUGCUGUUUUUGACCAUUAUAAUGUUGAUCUCAGCAAAUGCCUGCUGGGUAGUGGAGCGAGCAGGUGAGAGACAGAGAAAGAGAGAGGGAGUGCGUGUGUGUAUGUGUGACAGUGACCGAGAGAAAGCUUUAGAGAGAGAACAGGAGAGUGAAAGAGUGUUAGCAUAAAUGUCAGGUUCAUAGUUAAUGCUAAAUAGAGAAAUAGGGGGCUUCACAAAAUUCUGUGGCAUUACAGAACAUUUCUAUACCGUUCACUUGCUUUGACCGAUUGUUCGAUUAAAAUAAUUGAUUUAGCAGUUAACGCCAAUGACUUCUUCAAGGCCAUUUUAUGGAAUUAAUUUUAAUAAGCGCUUAAUGUGUUGUGCCGAUGUGAAGUGUGAUUAACCCUUUGUAUGUUUGUGGGUGACGCGACCAUUGCUUGCUCUCUCUAGGUUUGUAGUGUUUCUCUGUCCUUUAUCCCCCUGCAGUUUAUUCUGGAUUAUUCAUGCUUUAUGUUACAUGGUAUCACUUUAACAGGGUAUAAAUCUUGAAGCAUGGGUGACUGGAGCUUUCUGGGGCGUCUGUUGGAGAAUGCACAGGAACACUCAACAGUAAUCGGCAAGGUCUGGCUGACUGUCCUCUUCAUCUUUAGGAUCCUGGUGCUGGGAGCGGCAGCCGAGGACGUGUGGGGCGACGAGCAGUCUGACUUCACCUGCAACACACAGCAGCCUGGGUGUGAGAACGUCUGCUAUGAUGAGGCUUUCCCCAUCUCGCACAUCCGCUUCUGGGUGCUGCAGAUCAUCUUUGUGUCCACGCCCACCCUCAUCUACCUGGGUCACGUACUGCACAUCGUCCGCAUGGAGGAGAAGCGGAAAGAGAAGGAGGAGGAGCUGCGAAAGGCCAACAGACUCCAGGAGGAAAAGGAACUCCUUUACAAUGAAGGAGGGGAUGCAGGGGGAGGGGGAGGUGGUAAAAAAGAGAAGCCACCUAUCAGGGAUGAGCAUGGCAAGAUCCGCAUUAGGGGUGCCCUGUUGCGCACCUAUGUGUUCAACAUCAUUUUCAAGACCCUUUUUGAAGUGGGGUUCAUUUUAGGUCAAUAUUUACUUUAUGGCUUCCAGCUGAGGCCGCUAUACAAGUGUGCACGGUGGCCUUGCCCCAACACUGUGGACUGCUUCAUAUCUAGGCCCACUGAAAAGACGAUUUUCAUCAUAUUUAUGCUUGUGGUGGCUUGCGUGUCUCUUUUGCUGAAUUUGUUAGAGAUCUAUCACCUUGGGUGGAAGAAAGUUAAACAGGGAAUGGCCACCCCUGAUCAUGUGUUGUUGCCCCGCUCUGAUGGUGUGGGGCCGGAGUCCAUAACUUCUGCCCCCAGAACUGCCCUUCCCAACCUCAGCUACCCACCGACGUACACGGACGUGACAGCUGGGAGUGGUGCGUUCCUGCGGCCCAAGGUAGAGGCCUCCCCGGCAGAGUUCACGAUGGACCCCCUGCAGGAGGGGCCCUCGUCCUCCUACUACAUGAGCAGCAACAACAACCAAAGGCUGACCACGCAGCAGAACUGGGCCAACCUGGCCACCGAGCAGCAGACUCGGGAGAUGAAGGCCACAUCCCCCUCCUCCUCCCCUUCCUCUGCCCCUUCCUCUGCCCCCUCCUCUGAUAGUAAGCAGCAGCCUUGUAAUGCUGCUCCCCCCACCACCAGCCCCAGCUCCAGCUCCAGUGGGGGCAGUUUGAGUGAGGGGAAUGUUGAUCAGGAGGAAGGCCAUGUCACCACCACAGUGGAAAUGCAUGAGCCCCCCGUCAUGGUCACAGACCCUCGCCGGCUCAGCAGGGCCAGCAAGAGCAGCAGCAUCAGAGCCAGGCCCAACGACUUGGCAGUAUAGUCAGUCCCCCUACACCUCCAACCUUCCAAAGCCCUCCCAACCACCCCAAUGAUUUUCUAUAAAGAAAAUGAUUAAAAUAAAUAAAUAAUAAUAAUUGGAGGCAAUGUGAGGCAAGGGUCUGGAGUUGCCAAAUAUAUAUAUUAACAGCAGUUAAUAUAAGUGCAAUUGGUGAGUUGUAGCAUAUGCAUUAUGAUACAAAAAAAUGUGCCGUGUGAUUGUGCAAUGUGCGUUAAAAUGGUCUCACAGGCCAAAGGCUUCAAUAUACUGGACAUCAUGGGGCUUUAGGGUUCUCAUUCCACUUUAAAAUGGCCAAGUAACUUUUUUGUUUGAAUUCGGUUUCAAUGGCCUAGUAUGUGUCAAUGUGCUCUUGUCAACAGUGGUUGUUGUUGUUGUGUUUAUUUGAUGAACAUAAAAGCCUAUUUAUUCCAAUUAGGAAUGAUACUGUACAUUCAUCAAGUCGUUGAGUUCGAUUGGCAAAUUGCUGAGAACCAAUUUCGAAUAAAACUGUAAUGUGGAACAAGUA